AUGGCGGAUGCCCCGAAACCGAGUAGCAGCGUCAAGCUGGUGCUGCUGGGAGAGGCAGCUGUUGGAAAGUCGUCACUCGUACUCCGCUUCGUCAACAACGACUUCCAGGAGAACAAGGAGCCCACAAUCGGAGCCGCUUUCCUCACACAAAAAUGCAACCUACCCACGAGGACCAUCAAGUUCGAAAUCUGGGACACGGCAGGUCAGGAGCGCUUCGCCUCUCUGGCCCCCAUGUACUACCGUAAUGCGCAAGCGGCCCUCGUCGUCUACGAUCUCACCAAGCCCACGUCCCUCAUCAAGGCAAAGCACUGGGUCGCCGAGCUGCAGCGGCAAGCAUCUCCCGGCAUCGUCAUCGCACUGGUCGGGAACAAGCUUGACCUGACAAACGAGAGCCCCGACGCCGACGUACACGACGCCGACGCCGACGCCGACGAGUCCGGUGAUGCCAGGAAAGUCUCCACCGACGAGGGCAGAACCUACGCCGAAGAGGAGAGCCUGCUCUUCUUCGAGACGAGUGCCAAGACUGGCCACAACGUCUCCGAAGUCUUCACGGCCAUCGCCAACGCCAUCCCGGAGACAUCCCUGAAGAGCACGAGAGGCCCAGGAGCGUCAAAUGCCGUCAGCCGCGGUGGCGAGGAGCAGAGAGUGAGCCUCAACGGGCCGAGGGAGGCAGCCAAGGAGGGUUGUGCUUGCUAG